ACCAAAAAAACAUUAGCACCAAUCAGGCUCAGGGAUCGGAUUAUGCAUCCUGCUGAAAGAACAAGCUUCACUAGCAGACAGCAGAUAAAUAACUGAAGCUCGUCAGAGUGACCUCGUCUGCAGAGGAAGAUAAUCCCAAGACACAGCUACAGUACAGAAGGAUUUAUAUAUUCCAGCAUGGAUGUGAAGCUGCUCGGUCUCAGCCUGCUGCUGGUUCUGUUUUGUCCCGGCUGGGCAAAAGAAAAGUGUCUGAAAUCUGCCUCCAGCUGUGAACAGUGCCUCCAGUCCGGCCCUGAGUGUGCAUGGUGCAUUGCACCUCAAUCAAACAUCCGCUGUCACACCUCAAACGGCCUACAAAGAGCAGGCUGUCAUAAGAGUAACAUCUAUAACCCUCAGGGCAGGGUGGAUGUGGUCAGGAAUGAGAUCAGAACAGAGCCAGUAAAUGCAGUCGCUUGGUUCUUGCAGCCCCAGGAGCUCUCCCUCAGAUUGAGGCCGGGUGUGAGCCAGUUCUUUCCUCUCACCAUCACCAUGCCAACAGACCAGCCAAUCUCAGAGGUAAACUUGGUCAACAGCUCUGUGCCAACAGGAGUCAACAUCACAUUCAGGAGUGUCGUGAGCGGAAACCCACUCGUUAUAGAGGUGAAUGUCGAGGCAGACCAGUGUCCAAAUGAGAUACAAGACUCAAACCAGAGUCAGAACCUGACUGGACCCUGGUCUGUCCACAUCACACCCAGAGGCUUUACCCUGGGGGUGAAGUUAGAGAUCACUUUGGAGUGUCAGUGUGAGUGCACAAGCAACCGUGAAAAGAACAGUCCCAGCUGCGGAGGACAUGGGUCUUUGGUGUGUGGCCAGUGUGAGUGCAACGAGCCUUACACUGGACUACAGUGCCAGACGGAUUCAUCUUAUUCACCAGACGACGACUUCUGCCACCCAGGCCCCAAUGCCCCAGCGUGCAGCGGUAGGGGAAAAUGUGUGGACAGCUUCUGUGAGUGCGACAAGCCAGUGAACCCAGCUCAAAUAUACAGCGGACACUUCUGUGAGUGCAGCAACUUUGACUGUCCCAGGCACAACGGCAGAAUAUGUGGCAAUCAUGGGAGGUGCAUUUGCGGGAGCUGCAUUUGUGAUGAUGAUUGGACGGGUGAGGACUGCGGCUGCACCAUGGACACUUCUCGCUGUAUGACUACAGACAACAGAGUGUGUAACGACAAAGGGUUGUGCGAGUGCGGAGUAUGUAGAUGUUCCCCAGAAUACGCAGGCCCGACCUGCGAGACCUGCCCAAUGUGUCCAGGCAGAUGUGUGCAGCACGGAGACUGUGUGGAGUGUCUCGCGUUCAGGACAGGAGCAAAGAAGGACAGGUGUGACCAAGACUGUGGCUACCUCACCGUGACAGUGAUGGAGACCGAACGGAGUUCACCUCAACCAGGAGAAAUUCUCUGUAAAAAGUUAAGCCAUGAGGACUCUUGUGCCUUCAACUACACCUUACAGAGGAUGCCCUCCAGAGGAGAACGGGCUGUGGUUUGGCCUAAAGAAUGUCCUUAUGCCCUUUAGAUGUGAUGAACAAAGGGAGAGGAAUGUCUGUAACUUUAAUGUAUCUUGAGGACAACGUCAGCUACAUACUUUGAGUCUUCAUUUGUUCUAAAUAUCUCUGGAUUAAAGCACCAAAAAAUGUGUAAUUUGGUGAGGAGGAAAAACAGUCAUAGUUUUCAUUUGUUGUCAUAAAUGUUUCCUAAUCAACAGCGAGAUUAAAGAUGAUGUUGUUCUGUCGAGGGCAGAAAAGAAA